AUGACCCCAUCCACCACCCUACAGUCUUAUUACAAUGUCAUUCAAAUCUGUGAAUGGUCUAGAAAGUAGCGAAAAACUUGACACAUUUUUCUCAGGUUGAAAAAAAUAAUUCUUUGACAGUUACCUCAUAUGACAUGUACAACAUUACAAAAAGAUCUAUGACAUAAUGCUCCAUUGUAUUGUCAUCAUGUGGGUGUAAUUGAUAUAUUCAUGAAUGCAGUCCAGUCAUAUCCAGUUUCCAUUCAUAUUGAAUAUACAUAUCAGACAAAGUUUGGUUCUUUUCAAAAUUUUGAAACAAAAUUUAAUCAAUUUCAGGAACUUGAAAGUUGAGUGCGCUAUGGAGGUGGAACCUCCUGAUCCAACUCUGGUACAGCUUGGCAGCUCCAACAUUACCAUUGCCAGCAUACACACCAUAGGAAGUGCCAACCUCACCCCAUUACCACAGAAGAAAAAGUUUAUCUCUCGGGAGGGAUCUGUGGCAGGGACUGACCUAUUACCUAUCUGUCGGAUCUGCCAGCUCCCGGGGGACAUCCCGGACCCCCUGUUCUCUCCAUGUCGUUGCUCAGGAUCACUUCGGUUUAUACAUUAUACCUGUUUAAAGAAAUGGAUAAGUAUCUCCACAAGAAAAACAAAGAAACCCCCAAAAUGUGAAUUGUGCCACUACCAGUUCAACAGACACAAGAAGUUCAGGUUUAAGAAUUGGCGAUGGCCCCGAGUGAGUGCACGAGACAAGUGUCUCCACCUGGUGUUUCUGGUUAACCUUCUGAUUAUGGUUGGCUGUGCUGUGGCUACCAUCAUGUGCUUUCUCUCGGACAAAGGACAGAUUAACAAACUUCCAAAAAGCAAAGUGGAAUUGACUAUUGAGGAAAUCAUCACGCUGGCAUGUGGAGUUACAUUCUUUGUGGCUUUCUUCAUCGCCAUGACCGUGGAGAUCAAAGCUCGGCACACACUGUACAAGUUGUUCCUGAAGUUUGUGACACAGAACACUGACUGGGCCGUUGAUUCGUAUGAUAGGAACAAAGAUCCAGGUUAUAGUGGUCCUGCGGCGUACGUGUGAUUGGUGGCAUCCCUAUCCAGAGUUGAGAUUGUGUGCGUGUAUGUAUGUUUUGCUAGGUGGAAACUGGAUAGACUCGCACCUAAUGGGUCAAGAGAGAGUGGAACUCUGAUAGAGGUCACCAUGUUGGAUGGAGAAUAAAGUACUGUGAUGCAAUGUCUGUUGUGUAGCUGGGGCAGGACAGCUGUUGUACCUUACCUGCAUUAUGAUUGGAGUAAUAUGAGUGAUGAGUGAUGUGUGGAUGGAUAUCAAUGAUGUACAAAAGAGUUAUAAUGACCUUGGUUGAACAAAUAUGGACACAUCUCAUUAUCCCCCCUCCCCCACUGUAUGAGUACUUGGUGUCUGUGAUAUGACGGAACUCUGACAGCCACGCUUUCACUGGCUGGGAUGUGCUGUUUAUCUGUGCUCGAUGUUUAAUUCUCCACCAUACAAAACGCAUUAUAUUCUAGUUAUUCAUGAAGUAAUUGAGGGAAACCAUAUUUAACACAAGUUUGAAAGAAAUCUUGCUUUUGUAAUUUUUACCCCGUCUAAUUCCUGCAGGGUAAGGUCUACUCAGGAUGUUGUGAUAAGAUUUCAUGUUCAAAGGGUUUUAGGUAGUCUCUUUGUUUUCUUCAUAUAAUACUGAUGCUUGUUAACAUGUAGAAUUAAUUAAGACUCUUGUUCUAGAUUUGAUAUUAACUUUGAACAUAUUUAGCAUCUUUUAUAUUUGUUGCACUACACAACAAAGUGUUUAAUUAUCUCCCUUUUCUCAGUUUUAUUGAGUACUUCACAUUGAAGUAGAUACUGCUGCAUGUUGUGGCUAGAACCAGGGCAUGAUAACCAUGGUAAUGCAACACUCCAUGCAGAUUCCAAAUUCAGAAAGCAAUGCACUGAUUUCUAUUAAUCUAAAACAGAUGUUACAUAUUUCAAUUCUUUGAAAAUUGACAACACAUGGAUUUUUUUUUCAUAUGUAUACCCGGUGUUUCAGAUUUGUUAUGGUGCCUUGGUUUCUGUGAACCAAUUCUUCUUUUCCCUGAAAUAAAUGACUUUGAUGUCUCCAAGAUGUAAGAAACCAUUUUUAAAAUUUGUUAAUUUUUAAUGUACACAAAAUGGAUACAAUGUUAUUGAUAUAAAGAGGAGAGUUGGGUUCACAGCAAACAUUAUCCAGAGUAUCUCUAGACAAAGUGAUUGUUGUGUGUUUAUCACCAUGACAAAUCAUGGACUAUUUUCUUUGAAAUGACUGUGUCAUUGACACAAGUAAAACUUGUUGUUUUACGAACAGCGAACAUGUACAUAAAUCUCAGAAGAUUAUAUAUGUUUCAUGUUUAGAAUCAUUGUAAUUUUUUUUUAAUAUCUUACAUAUGUUGAAUUUUGUAAGAUUUUUUAAAAAAGUAUCCUAUGAUGGUACAAUACUUAAAAAUCAUCACCAGUUUUUUUGCUUUCAAAUUUUGAUGCAAAAAGAACUAGGGAUAGUGAUGAUUAAGAGGCUAUUUAUUAUUGACAAAAUUGUUUUUAUUUGUUAGUGGUCAGAACUAUUUUUACCAACAACUUUUGAACAAGACUGAAAAUGUUGCAACAUGAGGAAAUUGCAAUAUAUGCAUUAAUUGUGAAAGAAAUUUUUGAUAAAAUGCAUCUUGAUUACCUGAUAGAAGAGUGUUAAUUUCUAAUUAUUUUCAGGAAAUUUCACUCAAGUGUUUUUUAAGUAAUUAAUACUUGUGUGUAAGACAAUUUUAUUUUAUUAUAAAACAGUUGGUCAUAGACCAUGGGGAUUUGUGAACGUGAACAAAAGAUUAUUUGAGAUCACACUCAUUGAGAAUUUUGUUAGUAGAAUGACUAGUGUAACCAUAAUUUGACUCGUAUACUCAGUUUAUCUCAUUGGAAAUAUUAUGCUGUAGACAUAGUGAAUGCUGGUGACUUGAUGUGUUAAUGGAGAGAUAUACAGUGGUGGGAGAUUUUGUCCGAGAGAUUUUCAGAUGAGUGUGUGGAAGAUUCCAGCUUUUUCUACUUUUUUGAUACAAUUUACGUUGUUAAUCUGUAAUUUUUGUCUUGGCUUGUAGUGCUGUAUGAAUUGUAGUGCUGUACUUUCCUCUAACUUGUCACACUAACAGUGUGCACCUAUUGUGAUAUCAUUUGUUUAGUCGCUGUUUAAUUUGUUUUCAGUUUUAAAAAAUCAUGUAAUAUGUAGAUUUUUUUUGUUCUUUUUAAGUUUAAGAUUCAUUGUAUAAAAAAAAUUCUGUAAUUUUGUUUUUGUGAGCAGAAAAUGCUAAGGAGGGGGCCUCAUAAUGCUUAAUUAUGUAGGCAAUGUAUUUAUUGAUGCACUAUUUCACAAACAGAUUGAUAAUUUUAUAUUUCUUCAAAUGGGGAAAAAUAUGUGUGUUUUGUAUUGCUACUACACAAGAUCAAACCUUGGUGCAGGGAGGCUGUGAUGUUUGUUAGAAUUUAUUGCUGUAUUUCCCCUAGUAAGCACCCCAGGCACUUAAAUUUUUUCUGAAAAGUGGUAGACCUGUACUUUGUAGAUGAUGCAAUGUCAGUGAUGUUUCGAAAACUCAUCUUUAGUCGAGUACAUAUUUGCAGGUUGCUGAUGAGACACAUCAAUUUGUGGGUGAAAUAGGUGCAAGGGCAAAUUUAAGGGCAACUAUGGUGUGUGUAUUUGUAUUUGUUUCUCAUAUAUUGAGCACUUAAAAGUGUAAUAUUUUAUGUACAAAGAAUUAUAAACUUUCACAAUACAUGUAUUGCUGUAUAAUGUCAUUGUGUUUCAUAAUAAAAUAAUAAUAUCAAAA